GGCAGAGGAGCCCGAGCCGGCAAGCAGGCUGUGGCGGCGGCGGCUGCAGAGGCGAUGGCAGGGAAAGAAUUGGAGCGAUGCCAGCAGCAGGCGGACGAAGUGACGGAAAUCAUGCUCGACAAUUACCAAAAGGUCCUGGAGCGGGAUGGCAAGCUGGCAGAGCUGGAGCAGCGCUCGCACAAGCUCCUGGACAUGAGUUUGGCCUUCAGCAAGACAACCAAUACUCUAGCCCAAAAGAAGCGCUGGGAGAACAUCCGGUGCCGGGUCUACUUGGGGCUGGCAGUGGCUGGUGGCCUUCUCAUCAUCCUGAUUGUGCUGCUGGUCACCUUUCUUCCGGUGAGCGAUGGGGAAAAUAGUCAACCAUAGGACUUGGAUACAGGAACUGCCGUAAGAACUGGAACUGACCCAGCCAGGCCUGGAGGAAAGGCUGAAGGACUGCACAGGCCUGUCCUGGUCUCCAGGGAAUCCUGGUGUUUGCGUCUGUCUGGGCCUCCUGACUGAGUGCUGAAGGGCAUCCUGGAUGUAUGCACCUCUACAUCCCCCAUUAUGUCAUGGACUGGCCCUUGAGGGCAGCCUGCUGCACUGGCCCUACUAAGUUUCACCGCUGGAGCUGAGUAAAAGCUGCUGUUU